CCGCAUGGAAGAAACAAUUUAAAUACCGGCGUUCCUGAGUUCUGACACGCAGUUGAUCUGGGUGUAGUACACGAACUUGGAAGCUGUCUUGUAGUUAUGGCUCUGAGAACUGUGACAUGGUUCCUAAUCAUAGGCUGUUUGGCAGCAGUGGCAGUAUCAGCCCCUACAUCAGUUGAAGAUUCCUCUUCGGAGGAAUCGACAACAGUUGGUGCUGCAACUCUACCUGGGACGCUUCCAGAGAACAAGAAGACAAAACGUGAGACUGAUAAGCAAGAGGCACAGAAACCAGAAACACCAGUAGAAGAUUGGAAGAAACCUACAGAAUCUUCAUACACGGCACCACCAAAAGCUAACGACAGACUAUCUCGAGCUGCGGACGAACAGAAGCCACAAUCUGAAACAGACAAAUCCUCAGAAGAAAAUUCUCAUUCGAAGGAAGAUGAAAUCAAAAACCCACAGAAGCGUCACGUUGAGCAAGACAAAGAAUCAAAGAAAGUGGGAGCCACCAAGGACUCUUCAUUCCUCCGACGGCCUUUAUCAACAAUUGCAGAAGAGCCUGAGCAAAGAGCAAAACGCGCUACUAGCCUGCAGAAACCACAAGUUUCCAGACCCAGACCAAAUGCGCCAACAAACAAUCAUCCUGGAAUCAGACCUCAGAACAAUUACCUUGGGAAUGGAAGGAAAUCUCAGCAGCAACCUGGGGGCAAAAGAAAGCCUAACCAGCCAGGAGGAGGCCAUGGCCACCCUCAUUAGAAUGCUGUUGGUUAUGAAUCAAAAUUUUUGUCUUUUGAAAAGGACAAAGAAUGAACUGUAUGCACUGUCACCAGAACUAAAUUGCAAUAGCUAUUAAAGUAGCUGGAA